GCUGGGGACACAGGAUGGCAGAGCUAGUAGGAGUAACUAACGGGACAUGCGGACGGAGUGAUUUCUUCUAAUAUUUCAAGUUCUGUCUGAGGCCUCGCCAUGCCGCUGGUGAAGAGAAACAUCGAGCCGCGUCACCUCUGCCGGGGGGCGCUGCCGGACGGCAUCGGCAGCGAGUUGGAGUGUGUGAUGAACAACACCUUGUCAGCCAUCAUCCGCCAGCUCAGCAGCCUGAGUAAACAUGCAGAGGACAUAUUUGGCGAACUGUUUAACGAGGCCAACAAUUUCUACCUGCGUGCCAACUCUCUGCAGGACCGUAUCGACCGGCUCGCCGUCAAAGUCACGCAGCUGGACUCCACAGUGGAGGAAGUUUCUCUGCAAGACAUCAACAUGAGGAAAGCCUUUAAGAGCUCCACCACUCAAGACCAGCAGGUGGUGUCCAAGAGCAGCGUUCCCAACCCGGUGAAAGAGAUGUACAACCUGAGCGACAAGCCGCCACCGCUCACCAUCCUCACACCUUACAGAGAUGAUCACAAGGAAGCCCUUAAAUUUUACACAGACCCCUCCUACUUUUUUGACUUGUGGAAAGAAAAGAUGCUGCAGGACACGGAGGACAAAAGGAAAGAGAAGAGGAAGCAGAAGGAGCAGAGGCGCUGUGUGGAUGGGACUCUGCAGAGGGAGGUCAAGAAGGUCCGCAAAGCGAGGAACCGUCGGCAGGAGUGGAACAUGAUGGCUCUGGAUAAGGAGCUGAGGCCAGACCACCGGCACACAAUUCACAGAGACAGAGCCGCCUCCUCUGAAGGAUCCAUGUCACCAGAAAACAGGGGUCACAGUGUGGAUCAGCAUCACUACCCCAACAGCAUGAACCAUGCCGGCCACGCCCACACCUACUCCGGCCCCCCGCCCAGUAUCCUGGCCGCCCAGAUGGCUGCAGGACACGCCCCCCGGGGAGGAGGCGAACACGACAGUAGAGGCAGGACCAUGAUGGCCUACCAGGGCGGGACGCUGGGCCGCCCGCACCACCACCAAGCCCCUCUGCCUCCUCCACCAGCUGAGGCCAUGAAUGGUGGCUCUAUGUCUCUGCCACCAAUGGACUACUGUAUGGACGGCUAUGCCAACACCGGCCCUCCCCCGCCGCCCCCUGCACCCCUCAUACCUUCUGCACAGACGGCCUUCGCCUCACCACCCGGCGGCCCCAUGUCCCCCGGCCCCAUGGCCGUCUCCGCCGGCUACGCUCCGCCUCCGCUACCUGUAUCUGGAGCUCAAGUGGCUCCUCCUCCUCCCGGCCCCCCGGGGCCACCGCCUCCACUCGUCCCAGCUGGUGCCUCCCACUCCACGUCCUACAAGAUGUCUUCCGGGGCGCAGGCUGAGAACGCGGCGGUCAACGACGCUCGCAGUGACCUGCUGGCUGCUAUACGUAUGGGCAUCCAGCUGAAGAAGGUGCAGGAGCAACAGGAGCAGCAGGCUAAGAGAGAGCCUGUUGGGAACGACGUGGCCACCAUCCUGUCGCGCCGCAUCGCCGUCGAAUACUCCGACUCGGAGGACGACUCGGAGUUGGAGGAGAACGAUUGCUCUCGUCGCAGACGCAACACACACCUGGCUGCAGGACUUCGGUUGCCAUCGCAACAGUGCUGCUAUGAAGGGAGUUGCCAAGGAAACAGAAGAGCGCAUAAAAGGAGGGCAGUGAGCCACGACGAGGAUGGAAAAUAAACACUGGUUAGAAAUUUUUUUUUUAAAAAUCAGUGGAGGCAGGAGUUUUAUGCACAGCACAUGUUUGUCUUUAAUACAAAAUUAACAAGAUCUCUCAGUGGAGUGCACUAACCAAAGCAAUAAAAAGUACAUCUAACACUUUGGAAAAAUAGACGCCACGUUCACAUAAACAUUUUUUUUUUCCCUUUACAAUAUUUCAGUUAGGUUAGUGCAGGUUGAUUAUCAUUAAUACGUUUCGUUUUGCAGAUAAAUUAUUCGUUGUGCCAUUUUCACCCCCCACCCCAAAAAAAUAAAGUGCAUUUCACAUUAAAUAUUAUGUCUACACAAGAUGCUGUAACUGUGACUUCAACCUCAUCUCCAUCUUAAAAAAUAAACAGCAACACACACUCUCACGCUCACUCACACAUUCACAGGCUCUUGUGUGUUUUGAUACUUAGCUCUAAAUUAGUAACCAUCAGAAAGAAAGACGCCUCGUCCUGCUGGUCCAACAUCUUGUCACUGAUAUAAAAAAAACAAACAAUUUUGUUCACAUCUUUGUGCAUUAUUAUCACAAAAUAAAUGCAUUAAGUAGAUAAACAAGGUGUUAAAAAAACGAUAAUUACACCCAACCUCGCAGUUCAUCAGCUUUCCUUGAUCCAAAGCCCUUAUUCAAGUGCUCAGCAGUUAAAACCUUGUCAGUACAGCUGCAACAAGAGAUUCACAUUCCCCGAUUGUGGGUCGAUUCAAUUCCCAAACAUUUGCCCUUCCCAUCAGUCGGCAAACCAUUAAAAAAAAAAAAAAAGAAUAAAAUCUGCUGCAUAUUGAAGGGAGCAAAUGAAUCAAACGUUAACAGAGAAAAAUAAAUGGUGCAACCCAACUCUUCCCCUCAGACUGACGAGCUUUGGUAGCACCAUGCACGGUGGUAAGAAGCCCCCCUACUAUUUACAGAAACGAAACUCAAGAGGACUUUGAUAGAUACUACAUUCAGAGAAAGGCUUUACAGCGCGCUCGUGCCGUACAACGACAGACACCUGGAAGGAGGGAAAAGGAAAUGCAACCUCUGAGUGACCGUAACAAAAUAGACUAUUCUCCAAAAGGUAAACAGUAAAGGUUUAUGAUGCGUCUGACCUGCAGCGCCUUGCAAAAGCUUUCAUACCUCUUGAACUUUUCCACAUUUACGUUGCAACCACAGACUUCAGUUUAUCUUAUCAGGAUUUUACAAGGCAUUGUGAACUCUGAAUUGGAAGGGAACUUAUUUUCUGAAUAUCUCAACAAUGUUUUGUAUGCAGUAGCUUGUAUGUAUGUAAUUUUCUUUACCUGAGAUUAAAAAAAAUGUGAAAAUUAACCCACCCUAAAUAUACCAACAUUGUGAAACAUGGUGGUGGUAGCAUCAUGCUAUGGGGAUGCUUUUCCACAACUGAAGCGGGUUAGCUAAUCAGUGUUGAUAUAAAGGGCGAUAACCUGUUAGCUACAUUUCAAGGGUUUAGAUCAAUGGUAUCCAAACUGCAGACCGUGGGCCAUUUGUGGCCCUCAGAAUCAUUUUUUUGCGGCCCUGGACUACAAUGUGGCUUCCAGCUGCAUAUUGGCUAACGUAGAAAAAUAUCUAUUUUUUUUAUGAAGCGAAGCCUUUCAAACACAAUGCAGAUAAAUUAAAAAUCUUUUCAAAAAUAAAAAUAUUUGCAAUACAAAAUAUCAAUUCUCUAUUAAAUAGGUUUUUGGCUUUAAUAAGAAGAAUUUUAUAGUAAACUGACAUUUUUUCAAUUAAAAUUUAGCUUAAUAAGUUUACAUUAUAAAAUGCUCUACCUUUUAGGUCAUGAAGAUUUCUAAUUGCAGCAAAAGGUGGCUCUGAAUGCAGGUGGACAUUUCUUAGAUCGUUAAUUAUAGAAACAAAACGAGAAAACAUUUUGAACUCUGUGGUUGCAAUGAAACAGAAAGUGGAACCGGAGAAGCGGUGUGAACACUUUUGCCCAACACUCAGGGUCUACGGGUUUGAGCCUCUCUCUGCACACAUUCUCAGGCUACUUUUCCAUGAUUCGAAAUGUUGAUUUUCAUUUUCCAAGCUGACCUUCCAGUCCUAAAAAAUAUUUCUCUCCUGCUUCGUAGCAAAGCUGAAGACUUGAAGCUCCUGGAAUGUCAUUAGAAGGCUCAAUGAAUAAAACAUAAAAACCAAACAAUUAAAACAAAAACAAACUCAUCUCUGUAUUUGGAAGUAGCCGUUUUUAGCUCAUAGGAUCAUUCAGAGGUCACUUGACAGACACCUGCCUCAACCAGACUGAUUUAAGCUGGAGUGUGACGACAGAAACCCCAGCAGGAUUGGGGUAAAAGUUCAUUCAGAGUCACUUUUCCCUUUGGCUUGAAGUGCUGGGGCGCCAAAACGUCCUGGUCCCACUUCCUGCCGAGAAACACGGAACGAGGCCACUUUCCUCAGGAAAGUGGACAGUGAAGGAAGACUGAGUGUAAAUCCUCUAAGGUAAGGGACGUCGAUGACACGAGACACAUCAUAGCACACACGUGUGCACACACACACACCCAGAAUGCCAUGCGACUCAGAGCAGAUGCACAAUCACAAAAAAAAAAAAAAAAAUCCCUUUUUUGUUAUACAAGCCGACAACGCCUAGUGAAACCUUAUCCGC